GCUCCCUCUCCACGGAAUCUCGUGAAUUUUCGAUUUCCUCGAAGAACCCUAAUUUUAAAAUUUAUUUCUCUGUUUCGGAGAGAAGGCUCCCUCUCCACCAAAUAGCGGGAAUCUCCCCCUCCUUCGCCCAUCUGUACAAUCUGCAUUUCAUAAUUUUGGACGGGAAACCAAACUCAUACAUUCCAGAUCCUUUUUUUUUUGCUAGUGUUAGACGAUCGGAAAAAGUUUGGGCGGUGCUAUAGAUCUUCGAUUCGGACGACGCUGCUUAAGACAGAGGAAGGUAAAUCAGCAUUUUAUUUUUCAAUUUGUUUUUGGGGGGUUUUUCACUGUCUAUGCUUUUUCACACAGUAUCUAUGUUUUUCCCAAUAAUUGGAAUCCGAAAAAAUAGUAUCAAUUUCAUGAUAGAUGAUAACAUUUUUUUUUGUAGGAAUUUACUAAAAAAAAUGGAUUCUGGUGGUUCUGUUACUGCACAUGAGAACGAGCCGUCAAAGCGGCAAAAAUACAGCGAAGGCGAAGAAGAUAGGAUAAGUAAGCUACCUGACGAUAUCAUUAUCCAUAUUCUUUCGUUUCUUUUAUAUAAAGAGGCAAUUUGUACUAGUGUUUUAUCACGGAGAUGGGUAUACAUGUGGACAUGUGUCCCAAACAUAUAUCUUGGAGAUAAAUUUAAAAUUCAGUGCUCCUACCCGAUAAACAAAACUACUUUUAUCAACUUUGUAUGCAGGAUGCUGCUUCACCUCAAUGCUUCAAACAUCAAUUUAUUCGAUCUUGCUCUUUCAGAGAAAUAUGACCCCUUCAUUAUCAAUCAGCUGAUAUCUCUAGUUUUGAAUAAAAAAGUUAAAGAGAUUUGUCUCCUUUCCAUGGGAGAAUGCAACAUUUCAUGCUAUCCCAUUUUCAAAUGCCAGUCCCUGGAGAAAUUGGUGCUGGGUCUGGGUCAUUCUAUUAUCCAAUUUCCGUCUUUUGUUUCUCUUUCAUCCCUCACUGUCCUUAAAUUGACUGCAAUCAGAAAUCCAAUGAAAAUUACUUGUUACUCCUCCAAUCAAUCAAAAGAGUUAACACUUAAAUUCCCAUUUCUUAGAGAAUAUAUCUCAUUUGAUUGCAUUUGGUUAGAUGUAAAGCGUGUUAUUAUCGAUGCCCCUCUACUUGAAAAUGUUAAAAUAGUCCGUCAAUGGCUUAUGUCGUUCGAUGUGUCACAUGCUGAAAUUGUGAUUCGUGCUUCCUAUAUUACAAAUUAUCUUUAUAGUACCUAUAUAUCAUCAGAGACCACUUUGCUAGAUGCUGCACAUGUUGCUGAUGCUUCCAUUUAUCUAAGAGAUGAUUCAGAGGUGGAGAUGAGUGGGCAAGAAAUGAAGAUUUUUGUUCGUAAACUAUUCAAUAUUAAUAAUUUGAAAUGUUUACGACUUCAGGUAUGAUUUUUUUAUUAGAAGAAAUUGUUACGCCCAUACGAUGUGAUGAGAUUAAAGUCUCUUGUGGUCAAAACAUAUUAUAUGGUUAUGAAGUGUUGAUUCUUCAAUAGUGAAUACUUCCAAUUCUUCAUUUACUUUAUCUUGUAUAAGGUUUCUCAAUAUGUUGUUGACCUAACACCAACACAUUUUUCUUUUUGUUUUCCAGGAUCUUUCACAAAUGGAACAUUUUUUGGCUGAUAUUUCGGCAUUUGAAAAGCUGAGUAAUCUGCAUCUAACUUACUUUGUUACCAUUGAAAGUUUGCUACACUUACUUUUAAAGUCACCAUGUUUGGAGACUCUAGUUUUAGAGGGACCAAUAUAUUCUGACAACAAACCGCCAAAUUUUGCGUCCGUACCUGAAUGUUUUCUAUCUACUCUUAAAGUGGUAAGAUUUGAAAAGUUUGCAGGUGGUGAGCCAGAGUUUAAUUUUGCUAAAUUUGUUAUGGAAAAAAGUCAAAUUUUGGAGAGUAUUAGUUUCUCAUGUUAUAAGUUGCGCGGGGCAAAACUCAAAAAAGUUAAGAAGAAAAUAUUCUUAGUGAAGAGAAGUUUGAACAAGAAAAUAUUCUUAGUGAAGAGAAGUUUUAACGUAGAAUUUUCACAUCAUUCAGAUCAUUCGGACACAUGAGUUACUUAAGAGGGAUGGUGAGAUUUUCAUAACAUUUGAGUUAAAGUGUUGUUUUAUGGUGUUGUUGCAUUAUAGCUGCUACUUUCUUC